UGGAGACAGAGAGAUAAAGGGAGGGAAGGAGGGAGGAAUAACUAGCACACAGAAGUGCAGAUGUACUUUGAUCUGUGAAAACACAGACCAAUUUUGUUGUUCGAAGGCAGGUUUGACUUGUGUUUUUUUCUCUGCAACAAGAUGGGUUUAAACUCAACUGCAGAUUCCUCCAUUGCUCCAGUUGUCAGAGAGCUGAGGAUUGUCCUGCUGGGGAAGACUGGAUCAGGAAAGAGUGCAACAGGGAACACCAUCCUGGGACGACAAGCUUUUACCUCAGAGAUAUCUCCGUCUUCUGUGACAGAGACAUGUCAAAAAGAAACCGCCCACUUUGAUAACAGAACCGUUUGUGUGGUCGACACCCCUGGUGUCUUUGACACAUUGAUUAAAGAAGACCAGUUGAAAAGUGAAAUAGAGAAAUGUAUCACGCUGUCUGACCCAGGACCCCACAUAUUACUGCUAGUGAUCAGACUGGAUGCACGGUUCACAGAGGAGGAGAAGAAUGCCGUCAAAUGGAUCAAGGACAACUUUGGUGAAGAAGCCUCCAGUUAUACACUGGCGCUUUUCACUAGAGGAGAUGAGCUCAAAGGGAUGUCCAUUGAGGAGUAUAUAAACAGAAGUCCUGAACUCGAGGAGUUCAUCUGUGACUGUAAAGCUGGGUACAUUGUGUUUGAAAACACAUGCAGGGGAAAUCGCACUCAGGUGGCUGAUCUUUUUGAAAAGAUAGACAAGACAGUGCAGUUAAAUGGUAACCAUUAUAUCAGAAGUAUGUAUGAAGAGGCCCAGAGAAAGAAGAUUGCGAAGGAACGGUGGAGCAAGUUGGGAGGCUAUGUGAACACUGUAGGUAAUAACUUGAUUGGGGCAGCAGUAGUCACAGCUGCCCCUGCUGCUGGUACUGCUAUAAUGGCAGAGGAAGUAGGUGUAGCUACUGCUGUUGUUGCAGCAGCUACAUCCAUAAGAGUGAUUUCAAUGGUUGCAGGUGCAGGGAUUUUUAAAGCCAUCGGGCGGUGGAUGAAACGUAAAGGCCCUGACACUCCAAGUUCGGCCGACGGUGAGGGUUAGGGGUAAAUCAGAAGACAGCCCGGGAGAGGGACAGUCUAGUUAGCCAUCUCCCAGUGUCCGCUGUCAUCCUUCCGGUAGUGAAGCAGAGGGACCGUAGGCUCUGUUCCCUUCUGCUGCUGCUGAUUCGACAACCCGUUCUCACUCCGAACUCGUAAAAUACGGACGCUUGGGCAGUGGCUGUCAGAUACAAUUCAAAAAGCACCAUCAGCAUGUGUGUAGAUCUCACCGGUCAGAGCAGCAGCUAUGCAGUGCUUGAAGAUGACGUAGUAUUAAGAGAGAUGGUAGCGAGUAGUAUGAAAGCCUGAAAUUCUGCACAGGGAGGUUGGUUGGGGUGGUGGAUGGGUCAAACAACACAUGACCUUCCCCCUGGAGACAGGGGUUCGUGUCCCGCGUGUCACUUUUCCUAAACCCAACUGUCUUGUCACGGAAACGUACCUUUUAUAAGCCCACCCA